UUUUAAAGGCACAACCUCAGCCUUGCACCCAGCAGAAGGCAAGCGCCUGCACUUCGCCCCACCCAAGCACAGGGCCCAAGAACACCCUCCUCCGUCCUCCCAAAAGCAGAGAGCACGUCGCAGGCUGGAAAAGGAAGCUGCCAAACUCUUCAGGCUGUUUGCAUCAGCUUUCACUUUGCCUAUCAGGCCUCAGCCCUUACACAGCCCUGCACACGGCCGGGAGCCCCCACAGCCAGAGUCCGAGCACAAACCACACAAGGCACCGAGAAGGCUCCAGAACUGCUUUCAACAACUCUUCAAGCUUGGGAGAUCUUCAAGUGUCUGGUGGCGACGCUGAGAGUAAUCACCUCUGCGGGGAGGUGACUAAAACAAAAGAGAAGGAAAGACGACAAACGUGCAAAUGACAAGGGCAGAAGCAGCUGUCCCGUUGGCAAUCUGCUGUAGAGACGCUUAGUGGGAAGCAAUGACUGAGGUUUCACACAUUGCUUAGGCUGAAUCCCUCUUCGGCCGCUUUUAAAGUAUCCCUGGUACCAGCAACAAGCUCCAGAGGCUGGGACACUGGGUGGGAGGAAGGGACAGUAGUGAAGGUGCCGUGUUCCUGGCUCAGCCCCUUGCACGCCAGCUGGGCCAAGGCCAUUCCGUCCCCCCUCCUUGUGUCCCUCAGUGUGGGGAGGUGGGCCAGCACGGACCUGGGACAAGAUGGCCGCCCUCAUCGCCGAGAACUUCCGCUUCCUCUCCUUGUUCUUCAAGAGCAAAGAUGUGAUGAUCUUCAAUGGUUUGGUGGCCCUGGGCACGGUGGGGAGUGAGGAGCUCUUCUCGGUCGUUGCCUUCAACUGCCCCUGCUCCCCUGCCCGCAACUAUAUCUACGGGCUGGCCGCCAUUGGCGUCCCGGCCCUGGCCCUCUUCCUCAUUGGUGUUAUCUGGAACAACCACACCUGGAACCUGGUGGCUGAGUGCCACAAGCGUGGUAUCAAGAACUUCUCUGCUGCUGCCACCUUCCUCCUCUUCGGCUCCAUCAUGGGCCGGGCAGCCGUGGCGCCCGUCACCUGGUCAGUCAUCUCGCUGCUGCGCGGGGAGGCUUACAUCUGCGCCCUCAGCGAGUUCGUCAAGCCAUCCUCCCUGGACAAGUUCCCAGCCGAGUAUGGGGCUGAGGUGCUGGCCAGGUUCCCCUGUAAAGACGUGCCAGCAAACCUCACCAAGUUCAGGGACGAGGUGACACGGAGGCUGAGAUACGAGUCCCAGCUCUUCGGCUGGCUGCUCAUCGGCAUCGUUGCGGUCCUGGUUUUCCUCACAAAGUGCCUGAAGCACUGCUGCUCGCCGCUGAGCUACCGGCAGGAGGCUUACUGGGCCCAGUACCGCUCCAACGAGGACAAGCUCUUCCGACGCACGGCUGAGGUCCAUUCCAGGAUCCUGGCAGCCAAGAACGUGAAGCACUUCUUUGGCUUCGUGGCGCUGGACAAGGAGGAGAAGGAGCUGGUGCAGGAGUUCCCAGUGGAGGGCGUCCAGCCAAGCCCCCAGUGGAACGCCAUCACAGGUGUCUACAUCUACCGGGAAAACAAGGGCUUCCCCCUCUACAGCCGGCUCCACAAGUGGGCCAAAGGGGUGGAAGGGAAUGGGCCAAGCCCAGAAGGCCACGAAAUGCUCUUUCUGGCUUCCUAAGACAGAUGGGCACUGGCAGCAGUUCUGCAGACCACCCGGCAGGCCUACCGGUACCAGUGUGCAGCUCAGGGAUUCACAGGGAAUAUUCCUCCCAGCGGGAUUACUUCUUUCAGCAGGUAAAAAGGGAUCAACAGCCUCAAGGCAGAGACUGAUAAGCAAUAACUGAGCUGGGGAAGCCCUCCCUCAGAGACGACCAUCUCGUUGCUGCUCCCAGAGACACAAGGGGACCAAGGAGCAGAUGCAUACCUUGCCUCUGGGCUGCCCGUACACCAGCAGAAGCCUCAGACAGCAAGAGGUGGACAUGGCCUUUCUAACCGUGACUCCUGCAGUCCCACUUGUCUCUUCCGCGGCAGGGCUAGCCCCAGCCACCCCACACACCUACCUGUCUUACUGACAUCAGUGUUUUCUUACGCAGUUGUGCGGUGCCUGUUAUGCAGGCAGGUCCCGCAGCACUUUACAGACUACAGCACAGGGAAAAGAGGGAAGUAGUGGGUAAAUUCCUGUGGCAAGGGGGAUGCAAUAGCACCCGGGAAGGAAUGAGUCAUUAAUACAGCAGCAUACUGAAUAACUGAAAGACUAAGGCAGGAGGAAUCACCAAUAUUCCCAGUAUUCAGAAAGACACUCUAAUUACCAAGUUGGAAUUUUGGUAGGACACCGAACUCCCUUUGAUCUUACUGAAGUGCCUGGCAAUUUCUAAUGAACCCAAAUGGUUGCAGCUGUGGGUUUAUAAACCCAGAAGGUGGCACCAUCAGCAGAAUAGCUUUCAGGUGAGGUGGCUCAGUGAAAGCUUUGGAGGAAGCAGCACCUGCAGUGAGCCAUACCGCUGUCUGCAGCUCACUGCGUUUCUCAUCAACAGUCGCAUGAGAGUCCUGCUUGUCUGCGUUGUGAGUUGCAGCAAGGCUUCAAACAGAAUUAGUUCUGUACGUCUGUAUAUAUACACAUAUAUGUAUUUAGUGUAUAUACUACGCCAUUGUAUUUAGUUAGCUUUAUUAACGGAGCAUCUUUCUUCGAGGGAAAGGGGGCAAGAAAGUUGCCAGCCAAAAGACCACAUUACAUGCACCCAUCUGCUGCACUGGUACUGGAACCCUGGCGUGACAAGGGACAGCAGGAACAGCAUGGGGGAGCACCCCUCUCCUUACCCUUCUACCACUGAAACUCUUUCCACUGACUUAAAUGGUCCCGGCAGCAGAAAUGUCUCUUUUAUGGAUGUGGCCAGACUCUGAGAAAGCAAAGCCAGAAAGGUGCAAAAUUACUGCCCUCACCAUAACACUGACCAUGGCUUCAAGGCUGCUCUUCUGGCACUGCACGGUCCCCUUUCUCCCAAGGGUCAGCCCUACAUACCCAACACCGUUUCAAGAGCCGGCAGGACAAUGAAGUUUGUUUUUCCUACUUGUACUGUUUCUUUAUAGGUCCAACUUCUUUUUACACUGUGCCGUUUACCAAAAAGCCUUAGGUUGCUCAAAAAAUGACUCAAAUUCACAGGACUCAGAGGGGCUUACAUACAAAGAGAACUGAAAUUAAUUAUUAAAUAAGAGUUAUUUUUCA